GAACUGCAUGGAGCGCAUUCAAAAACUCAGUUUGAGAAACUUCCCAGUUGUCGAGCAAAUCCUCAAUGAACAAGAGGCCAAUGGUCUUUGGCUAGAAGGUGAUCCUACUGUGGAAGACGAAGGUCCACCAUCACUGUACAGAAGGAGAAGAGCCAGCACAGCCUCUUAGUCAGACAACAGACAUGGGGGUGGAGACAUGGCCUGCACCACCGGUCAUCAAACAGGAGGAAAUGGAUGAUGACGACAUGGAGUCUCAAGCGUACGACAAGUGGAUUCCAGUGRCACACUGGGCCGAUCAGAAUAUCACAGGAGAAAGUGACGAGCAAGAGAGAAGUCAAUCAUCUGGGGGAUCCAGAGAACUUGGACUCGACGACUUCAAGACGGAACAGAGUCCGUUGCUGGUGUCAGCUGAGGAUGCUCCGGCACCCACGAAGAAGAAAUAUGAUAAAAGGUACAGCUGUGAAAUAUGUGGAAAGACUGAGAACAAGAAAGCCAGAAUGACAAGUCACAUGCGAAAGCACACAGGGUUGCCCUUCAACUGUGAUAUCUGUGGCGAGAAAUUCCAGUGUCAGAAAUUAUUGACCAGACACAAGCGCUUCAAUCACUACACAGGGAUCAUCUACAGUUGCUCUGUGUGCGGAAAAACUUUCAUGCAGGUCACAUCUCGCAACACGCAUGAGCGUGGUCACACUGGAAAAAACUAUUGGUGCUCAGACUGUGGCGAGACGUUCAAGGAGCGCCAGGAUCGCGACACACAUGAGUGUAUUGUUUACAAGGGAGAACGGCCCUUCAGCUGCUCAGAAUGCAACGAGGACUUUCAAAGGCAGUACCAUCUCAAAMAACACCAGCUGGAAAAACACCCUSUAAUGGUGGASCAGACUGUCGAACCAGAACCUGAGUCCAAGGACAUUGAGGACCAACAGAGACAGUUGUCUGAGAGUUCUGAGGCACCCACGCGUUUCACCUGUGACAUAUGUGGAAUGACUAUUAUGAAUAAAGGCAACAUCAACAGACAUAUGUUAACACACACAAAGAAGCCCUUUAGUUGUGAUAUCUGUGGUGAGAAUUUUAAGCGCAAAGCCCAAUUUACCCGACAUCAGAGCAAACACGCGAGAGUUGAGGAGAAAGUAGAAAAACCCUACAGUUGCACUGUGUGUGGCAUGACGUUUGUAUAUUCUAAAAUGCGCAACAACCAUGAGCGCAAACAUAUUGGAGAAGACUAUUGUUGUUCAGACUGUGGCAAGACAUUCAAGGAGCGUCAGGAGCGCGACACACACGAGUGCAUUGUUUUCAAAGGAGACCGGCCCUUCRGAUGCUCAGAGUGCAACGAGGACUUUCAAAGGCAGGACCAUCUCAAACAACACCAGCUGGAAAAACACCCUGUAAUGGUGGAGCAGACUGUUGACCCAGAACCUGAGUCCAAGGACAUUGAGAACCAACAGAGUCAGUUGUCUGAGAGUUCUGAGACUGAGGCACCCACGCGUUUCACCUGUGACAUAUGUGGUAUGAUUAUUAUGAAUAAAGGCAACAUUAACCGACACAUGUUAAUACACAAAAWGAAGCCCUUUAGUUGUGAUAUCUGUGGUGAGAAUUUUAAGCGCCACACCUGUUUAGCCAAACAUCAAGGAAAACACGAGAGUGUUGAGGAGAAAGUAGAAAAACCCUACAGUUGCUCUAUGUGUGGAAUGAUGUUUGUAUAUCCUAAAAUGCGUGACAACCAUGAAAGCAAACACAUUGGAGAAGACUUCUGGUGCUCAGGAUGUGACAAGACGUUCAAGGAGCGAGGGGAUCGMGAUGUGCACAAGUGCGUUGUUUACAAGGGAGACCGACCCUUCAGAUGCUCCGAGUGCAAUGAGGACUUUGAAAGACAGUACCAUCUCAAAAGACACCAGCUGGAAAAACACCCUCUAAUGGUGAACAAGCCACGUCCCGGUCAUGAUACUGCGAUGGUAGUACAGGGAGCACAGCCUUCAAAUGACAAUGACCCUAAGGCCGAUAUGAGUACGUUAGGUGGAAAAGUUCCAGUAACAUAAACUCAGGUUAAGUUGACACAAGUGAAAUGGCUUCAACUGAAUUAAGUUGUUUUGGUAAGUACAAAAAGGAUAGACAUGAAAUUGAAKGAAGGGGUGACGGAUAGCGUUGCAAAUAGUGUGUAGAACAGCGAUGGGACUGGGAUUCAAUCCCACACAGGCAGGGGAUCGCAUCUCUGCCUUUACUGCACAACUAACUUCAGGCACCUGGAUAAUGUUUUACAGCCAUCUUUAAUGCUCAUGUUGGGCCUAGAUUCGAUUUGGACUGUUACAGCACGCUUCACGUUUUAAAUGACGUUUCCGAUUGAGCCAAAAUAUGCAGCAUUUUACGUGAAUAGACUGUGAUUCCCAAACCACCCCCUACCAACUCACUCRGAGGGCUCUCCGUUGYCACGUGUUGCUGUCAACUCCCAUGGGUGACUUCCAAAGAGAGGCGAGGGGAUCAAUAAACUGUCCACUUCGGGACACACUCRUGGGUAUACUGAUGAUUUGUCUGGACUGAUGGAUUGUUUACAUAGCAGGUUAGGAGAACUAACCGCAGCCGGUUAGGAUAAUUAACAUAGUAGGUUGGGAAAAGGGUUAGA